AGCAUCCAACGAAGAUACGCCGCCUCGAAAACGACAGAUCAGUCCGCAAGACGUUGGGCUACGAAGACCGCAGCAUCCCAGUUUGCAGCUGUUCGGAGGAGAUCUGGAAGUAAUAGAACGACAGGAUCAGAUGAUCCCGCACCGGUAUUCCUCCGGAGGAACCGUUACGCAGUAUUCUCCGGAUGCAGACAGUGAGAUGAGCGAUUCCGCUUCUAUGAGGGCCCGAUCUAGCAUGCAUUCUGGGGGGACGGUUGUUCAAUUGCCGAAGGCGAAUCGUGGCGGGUCCCCUAUCCCGAUGAACCCGACCACGCCAAAACUGGUAGUGACGAUCACUCCAACACUAACGCCAUCAUUGACGACGCCAAUCUUCUUUCCCAACGCAAGCCAACAGCAUCAAACACCUUCCGAGAGACCUGAUAGCAAUCCAAUUUCUUCCAGUACAGUACAACAGCCCAUCAGUCACUUUCAGUUCCCGCCAAUUAAUUCAAUUACGGCUUACAAUCCGCUGACGCUGCCUCAGGUGUCACCGGGUCAAGCGUCGCAAAUCAUGCACGGUGGAAAAAUGAUACCGUAUGUGCAGGGAAUACCCGGUCCCAAUUCAAUGCUGUCUUCGAACGAUGCACAGUUGAAGGGUCGACCACGUUUGGCACCCAGUCCGAUCAGCAUCAAAACGCCACUCAAUCCAAUCGUACCUGGCGGGUACAUGGGUUUCGAUCCGGAUGACGUCGUUCGGAACAAGAAACCCGUUCUGGUGGUACCUCCAGUCAAGAAUGGCAUGUUCAAAGAAAUCUGGUCUCCGGCAAAGCAAGAAAUCAACGCAACUCCGAAGAAAAGCUUUAAUUUUACCCGUAUUGCUGAUAAUAUCAGUCCACGCAAGAAAGAGACAAUUGAACCGGCGAAGAAGGAAGAGAUCAGAUACUUCAACUUUGAAAACCUUAUUUCAAAAUCUGAAAUCAUAAUUAAACCCAACACUCCCACCGAAAGUAUAAAACCGGAACCAGUGGAAACGAAAGCACUGGAUGUUCCACCACCGCCGCCGGUAGUACAAAAACCGAAGUUCUUGCGACCAAACUCACUGCCACUGAAGCCUGGAACUUUCACUCCGAAACGCCAUCAUGGUAUCACUCCAACGAAUAACACGAUGCCGUUAAUAUCGCCGGAAACGCCACGGCCAUCCAAGUCCUGCCGGGAGUUGUACUUCAACGGUCACGCCUAUACCAACAUCGGGCUUAAAUCCAGCACCAAACCAUUUUACUGCACCGUCAACAAGACUCAGCCAUUCUACGUCCAAACCCAGAAACAUGGACAGUUGUCCAUGUACAGCAACUGGCAGGUUCAUCCGGAAAAUGACCCCCAUCCGCUCGGAUUCAAACCGAUCCAGGUGAUGGCCAUGUACAAUAGCAGCCAGCAGGGUCACCACAGCUACUCGAUCGCGACCAAACCACUCACCCUCCUGGUGGUCAACUCCAGUUCCGCUAACCAGCCCAUCUCGAGCGCCUUCGAAGUCAAGACUAGCUUCCCCCACAGCCAUUACCCGAUCCCACAGGGCGCCUCGCCGGCACCUAAAUCUAGUGGAUUCUAUCCAUACCUACCGGAGAAGAGUGCCACCUCCAACGAUAGCAUUCCACCCAGGAGUGACUCAACGGAACGGACUCUGUCCGGUGGCUUCGAGAGUACCGAGGAGUACACGUACGUGCGAGGACGUGGCCGGGGGAAGUACGUCUGCAAGGAGUGCGGAAUCCGCUGCAAGAAACCGUCGAUGCUCAAAAAGCACAUCCGGACGCACACCGAUGUGCGACCCUACUCGUGCCAGCAUUGCAGUUUUCACUUCAAAACCAAAGGCAACCUGACGAAGCACAUGAAGUCGAAAAGUCACUUCAAAAAGUGCACCGAGCUGGGGCUGAAUCCGAUCCCGAUCAGCGUGGAUGACGACGGUGGCGAUAUCGACAUCGAAAACGACCAGCAGUCGAUUUCGAGCGAGCAGACCUCGACGAUCCCGUUCGACUCGGACAGCGAUCCGGACAGCGACGGGGAGGACAGUGACGACAGCGCCGAUUACAGUGAACCGAAGGGUGGCCGCUUACCGGAGCACGAAGCAGCUCACUGUUUGUUAUCUCUUUCGAUGACACCACCCACAGCUUCCCAGGUCACCAAGAGCUAUCCCAGUCCUGUCUCAUCUUUCGGAACUGGCAACCAAGUACCUUACGAACGAAGUCGGCAUCCCUACGCCCCCACAGUAUCCCCAGGCCUAUCAAUGUCACCCCAACAGUCACCAAUGCAAUCUCUUCCGCCGCAACCACAACCCGCCCAGAAGCAUCUACCCAUGCAAAGUCAACCGGAGCCAGCUAGUCAACCCCAUCGGCGUAUCAUUACAUUCGGCAAUACUCCCAAAGUGGAGUUCAAUCUGCUAAAGCAUGAGCAGUACUACUCGGAUCCGAGCAUCAACAAGAAGAAACGCGAAUACAACCCGUCAUACGAGGAAGACGAUGGAGCCAUGCCCAUGGACUUGACCAAGAAGCCUAAGGAAUCCUUCUUGUCGGAUCAAGCUCAACCUUAUCGAAUGUACCAGCAAUACCCUGGUCAGACACAGCCGAAGCAACCCCUAUCCGACUGCCCACCUUCUAAUCUCAGAUCGCAAGUUAUUGUCCGGGUGUCGGAUGUGGUAACACCCAUUACCGGCGCGGCCAAUCUCCUGACCACGCUUGUGUCCAACACGGACAAAAUCCCACUGCCACUGAUCUCAAACGGUAGCAAGGAACUGGCGGAUGACAACGUCUACUUCCAAGAGUACAUCAAACAGAGAGCUCUGCAGGACAGCAAGAUGAAGUUGAGCCAGAUGAAGAGCAUCAACAAUAACCAGUAUGAUGCGGAGGAAGUUCGACCGCCGGUGGAGGUGGUUGUUCCGGUGGAGCAACCUUCGCUGGUAAUAGCAAAGCCUGUGCCGUUGAAAGCAACCCCUGAUAAACCCUACCGGAUAUUUAACGGUAAGAAUGACAUGCUGCCGAAAGCCGUCGUUGAACCGACCAACCGAAUCGAAAUACUGCCAAUUGUGAACGAACCUAUCCAAGAAGCGAAGGAGACGGUGAGAGUGGACAAUGCCGAAACCUGCGUGGAGUCGGUGAAUACCUCGCGAAUGGAGACUUUGGCCGAAGUUGCUGCCGGAAGUGUCAAGCUGCCGGACGCUGCUGGUAUUGAUCCAGUGCGAUCCCGGAGUAACAGCCUGAUAGCGGGUGAUGCGGCAUCCGCGCAGCCAACUGCUUCAACAUCCGGGGCGGCUUCCAGUAAGGAAAGUGCAAAGAGUGUUGCUUCAGAGUACCUGAAACUGACCAAGUCGGUUACGAUGCGAAAGCGGGAGGACAGUGAGAGUGGAACGGCGUCCGAUCAAGAGACGAUAGCUGAGAACAGCAUAAUUCAACCGCCCAUAGUGGCGCCGAUCGUUCCACCGGUGGUUGUAGUUCCGCCGGCAGCAAAUCCAGCUCCCGGAGAAAUUGCUGGAAUUGUAGCCCGUACGGUGGUUGUCGGCGAAGACGGCUUCCGGACAUCCCAGGCGGCUUCUGAAUUCCCAUCGCUAAGUCCGUACCAGGAGGACGGUGGCCGUCCCGUUUGCGAAGUGUGCCAUAAGAAGUUCCACAAAAUAUCUCAGCUGAAAAUCCAUAUGAACAUUCAUUACAUGGAGCGGAAGUUCCGGUGCGAACCGUGUGGAACCAGUUUUCGGUCGCAGGGUUUGUUCCAAAAGCAUGAAAGAUCUGCCACCCAUCGGAACAAGGUUUCGAUGACGACUACCUUCGGUAUCGCAACGGACUCCAAUCCGCGGCCGUUCUACUGCAAGGACUGCGACGUCGGUUUUCGGAUACACGGGCAUCUGGCUAAGCAUUUGCGUUCGAAGAUGCACGUUCUCAAGCUGGAAUGUCUGGGAAAACUGCCGUUCGGAACCUACACGGAAAUCGAACGGUCCGGAACGAACCUGACGGAGAUUGAUACGACGGAUUGCGAGAACUCACUUUCCAGCUUGAAGCGAUUGGCGGUCCGGCUGAACGUGAAGGAUCCGGCCAAUGUGCUUCCCGGGGGAGGUGGAUCGGAUGCGGGGCCUAGUGGGAACGAAACCGACAGCUGUGAUGACAAUCAGUACGAGAACGACAACGAAUCGGCAGGAGAGGGGGACAGCCCCAAUGGGCCGAAUCACAGGGGCACGGAGGAAGAAGACGAAGGCGAUGAGGGCGAGGCCAGCGGAGGCGAUCAUCCGCAGGGGAACAAUAAUUUCCUGAAACGACCGCGAAUGGACAGUGAGGGUGGUGGAGCGAUGAAUAGCGACGGAGAUGGUGAUAUUAAACGGCCCCGGUUUCAAGGGCCACCGGUGGAGCCACAGCAUGGCGGUAUGAUGGCAACAGCUGGAAGUGCAGGGGUGGGAGACACGUAGCGAAGGGGUUCAGGAUGAUUUAGAAACGUGUCCGUGCCAACUCGAUGCGAGAGGGUUGUUCUGCUGGGAAGGGAAGGAGAUGUGUAACUUAUUCAGUUAUCUAAUUAUGGUGCUAACAACUGUAAUGUGAGAUGAUAGUACACAGGGUUUGAUAGCUUCCGAAUAACCAUCUGGUAUGUAUGGGUUCGAAUUCUACCAAAAACGAGUUGUCAUCUUGUUCUGUUCAAGGUCUGAUCUGCAAACUUCGAAUGGAUAACAUGUUGGAUGAUCGACUAAAGCCACUACGAGGAUAAACGAAACUUGUAAUGCAACACAGUUUCAAUAACUGUAAAAGACCAAUAUUAUUCAGUAUGCCGCUUACACUUUGUCGAAUGGUUUUUGAACGCACGAGAAAGGGUGGAAACACUCAAUUGCACAGAGUUAUUUACAUUCCCUUGCUAAUAUCUCAGUUUAGAAGCAUGCUAUCUAAACAUAGUGUAUCGUGUAUGGAGGACUUUUAGCUUGUAAUUGCAUCUUGAACUUUGUAGAAUACACGUAUACCAAAGUCGUGAGAGAGCUAUGAGGGCGGUUCUCCACGGAAACAGUGUAGUUUACAUUUACCGCAUAAAGAGCCGCUCUCAUAGCUCUCUCACGACUUUGGUAUGCGUGUGCGACUCUCACUGUAUUCGGAAAAGUUUUAGAUACAAUUACAAGGUAAAAGUCCUCCAUACACUAUUUUUUGAACGCAUGCUUCUGAACUGAGAUAGUAGCAAGUGGAUGUAACUCUUUGCGACUUUCCAUCUCUGCGCACGAGAAAGGCACCAUCACCUUUCGGUGGAUUAAUUUGGUUUUCUUAGUAAUUCUUUCGAAGCCUGAAUUGAAAUACUUCAUGCAAAUUGCCAUGCUAAAACUUGUAACUAGAAGGCACAGUGUGUUGAUUGAUUGACAAAUUUAAGAAUUAAAUUUGCGAAAACAUCGCGUUCUGGUGGGAUUCGAACCCAAGACUCCGUAUUCGUUAGACCGGGCUUCAAUAUGCGUAACACUUGCGCGAAGGGAAAAUCUUUGUACCGGCCGUAUGAUCCGGUAUAAAGAACUCUUCACCGGCAGAACAGUUCCGAAACUUGCACCGAAACUAAACGAUAUUGCAAAACAACUAACUACCAGACAAAAAGUGCCAAUUAUGGAAAACCACAACUAUACAAAACUAUCGUUUUAAUUGCUGAUCUACAAUAUAGGUUGUAUCGAAUGAUGAACGCGGAGUAUAGUGCCAAAUGUGCAUCGUAUAUCCUAAAAAAUCAAAGUGAGAGAUAGUGGUAGGCUUUUAGUUUUUUAACCAGCUCCGUAUUUUUUUUUCUGAUAGGAAAACAGAAUCUAUUUUUGCCCCACGCGUUUUUAGUUCUUUAAGAGCCUAAUCUUCAACGAUGAUGAGCGCAUUAGUGAUAUUUUAAUUAACAAUUCGUUUCAACAACAGAGCAAAUAGCUUUAAUUAUCGUUUUAGCCUGUUAGCAUAGAGCUGGUUUGCGAAAGCUCGCAUCUUUUCUGUGGAUUAUGUGGCAAUUUAGAGUAAAGUUUUUUUUCCCCUAGUGUUGUAAGUGGACGCAACCAACCGUAAUGUGAUCAUUUAUUUGUUAGUGAUGUGCAGGUAGAAUUUAUGAGACGCCGCAAAUACUCUUGAGUGAGUGGUAGAAUCGAUUACAGUGGAAAGUGAAUAUGAUUCGCAAUAUUACACAUCAACUAGCUGGGGAGUAUUACUUUGUUCCUUUGCGUUAGGCUUGGUAGGAAAUUUCAGUUGAUUUUACGCUAGUGUUGAAACCAAAAGAAUUGAUGGAUCACUAUUAAACUACUACCUACACAACUAUAAUGAUGUAUUUUAUAUACUAUAUAUUACGAAUCAUUUUUUUGUAUAAUAGCGAAACUAACAGCCAAAAUCGCUGACAAAAAGUAAGAAACAUAACUAAUAAAUUUUGUAUUAGUUCUUUUACACGCAAUUUAUGAUCGUCGAUAUCCCCCAGUAUAUGAAUGUAUGAAAUAAAUAUAUAUUUAUAAAUGCCGAAGCAUAAUAUCGCUUGUGUAUCCAUAUAUUUGUAAACUAACUUUUUCUGUGGAUCGUGUAUGAUAUUGUUACAAUAUUCCUCACUCUGAGACAUCGAUAUUCGUACUAGAGGCCGAAAGUGAAAGUAUGUACUUUUGCAUAUCAUUUUAACAAACGUAAUGACGAAACUCCGGAAUCAAAGACCACGUGAUCGAGAAGAGAAACAUUUAUCUACAGUAUCUUUUACCUUAUGGGCAUAUAUUUUCGAUGAAUUUACAAUUCGAGCAAAGAUCACCUCAUCGAUUUUUCACUUUGAAAAUUAACCUGAAAAAUACCAACCAUCUAACGCAGUUUGAUUUCAUCUGCGUCGAGCCAAACUAACUAAAUCUACUCCCAUCGAUGGUGCGGAUCGCGAGGGAAUCAUUGCAAAAAACCUGAGAUUCGAUGGCCACGGUGGUAAUUGCUCCAAUGGCGGAAGGGACCUAUAAUGUAUGCAUAUUGUAUUUCAUUUGAUUAAUAACAACACACGUUGUGGUCAGUCACUAUUGUUAAUUGGUAACAAAGCGACACAGAUGAAAAUAAAACCUACAAAAUAUAUUUAUUAUAUAUUUUAGUAUAGCUGUAUGAUCAGAGAAGUAUAGCGUGUAUGAAAAAGAACUAAAGUAUGCGAGCGAAUUGAAAUUAUUUGUGGGAUAGACUAGGCUAAAUAGUAACAUCGGUUAGUUUUAGGCAAAAGAAACAGUGAAAAUACAAAUGUAGAAAAUGCAUGUGAAAUCGUAAAACGUG